GUGCCUUUUAGCAAAACGUAAACAUUAGCUUGACAUCUUGCCGCAACAUAUGAUCAGGAGUCAAAUCCUCCAGCUUUAUUCGCGCUGACCGUGGGACUGCAAAAAUGACCCUUUCGUUAUCCAAUGAAGUGGUGGAGGGUCUCAAGGGACUCGGUGUUGAAAUCGGUAUAGAACUAAGCAAAAAACUUAUUGCCAACGCCGUCAAGCUAGCACUCUAUUCGGAUGCAAACAUUCCGUCGAAUCCUGAAAUAUACGCUACCAACCCUGCUUUUGCGAAACAAAGCGAGUAUGCAGUCGUCACAGUUUUAUUCCUAGCCACGAAGUAUGGAUACGAUUCACAAAAACUACGAAAUCUGCUUGAACAACACGGACUGGUGGCGGCAGUCUUGGAAGAGAUCGUUAAAGUUUACGACACCAACAAGAAGGAUUUGCUUAUAAACAAUUUGAAAAUUGGACAUUCCCUGCCACACAUUACGGACGCAGAGUGGAGACUCACGUGCGAUGUGAAAUCGUCAGCUUCGGACAAAGGCUCCGGGGAUUUAACAUAUAGAAUCAGCUUAGGCCGAUAUAGGGAGAAAACUGGGGAAAGGGAGUCGACCGUUGAAUUCGUUUGUAAUCCGGAGGAGUUGCAAUCAUUCAUUGGCAGACUGAAGGAAAUUGAAAGGCAUUGUGAAAAGAUAUCAGCACCAAAGUAGGAAUCGAUCCAAAUGGGAAAACUCCCGGCUUCAAGGCGCCCCAAUGCCGAACGUAGUUCAUGAUAUUCGGUGAAUUCUGAAAAUUUCAUACUGAAGAUUUCGUUUUAAGGCAUAUUUUAAGGUUACUGAUCCUAAAUACAGUAUCUAAAUGGCAAUAUCGA